AUGUGCCGGGCGCUGGAUGAUGCGGUUAGUCUUAAAAAGGCAAUCAAGUUUAUCGGCCAGCUUAUAGACAAGGAGGAAAGUGAAGCGCUCCAGAAACGGAGGGUGCAGAAGAAGAAGACGUGGGAAGAGUGGGCGGAGCCCUGGAAGCCGGUUGCGCGGGACAAAGCUAAGUUGACGUCUCUUCUUGAGAUAGCAGCUGCGGUUGACCUGAGCGAAACUGGGUUUUUUUCCCUGGAUGACGCAGCUGAUCUCAUGGCUGAAUGGGACGAAGAGGGGCUAGGAGGGGCUUCUGUGGGGGCAGAGGGGUUGGAGGGGCUACGAAAUUUUGGACGAGCGGGAGUUGCCGAGGGGUCCGGGGCUGCAGGGGGCUCUUUGAGGGGAGAGAAAGCGGGGGUGGAAGAGGUGUUGGAGCGUUUCCAGGAUCUGGAUGGGAUGGGGGGGUUGGAGGGGGAAGGGGCAACCGGGCGGGGAGGGGUGUCACAGAAGUUCAGAGGCCGGCCAAGUCGGCUGCUGGCUUUUCUGCUUCGAUACCUUCCUCUUAUCAGCAUCACUGUUCAGGCGAGGGAAGGCUGCAAGGAGGUAGUGUUGCUCUGCGCGAGGCCUGUCCAAGCACAUGACCACAUCCUCCAGUUUGCCACUCUGGCCAAGAUGGUGCGUGAGCAAGCAAAGGAGACAGCUCAGAAGGCCCGGGAGCUCCCCAUCCUGAAAUACCUCCGGUUCCUCAGCAAGGAGCAGGACCGCAGGGUCUUUAAAGGCCUUCUUGCGCAGCUGACGGGGGCUGACUUUGUAGUCAAGCAGUAUGGGUGGAAGCGGGAAAGCAUUGCGGCGAUCACGGAGGAGUUGUCGGGUGCUGAGUUUUAUAUGGCUGACCUUGAUCAGCUAAUGCGGUCGGUUGCAUAUAAAACGGAGCCAAGCGCCUAUCAGAGGAGGAAGCAGAGGGACACCAGGAGGGCUGAGUUGAAGGUGGCAAGGUUCAUGCUCCGGAAGAGGAGAGAGGGGGGCCGUCCUUCUAAGAUUCUGGCCCAUGCGUGUUGCUUGGGAGAGCACAUAGAGAGGGCGGUCGAGAACUUGGGGGAUGGAGAUGGAGGGAAGGCGGAGAGGCGAAGGCAGGAUUCUACUCUGCACCGAGGCGGGCGCUCCACUGUCACCCGGAUCUGGUUGUAUGUCCUGGAGUGCCGGUGCUGCCGGACUGGGGAGCUGAUAAGUGUCUCCAGAAAGACGGUGCACCGGGCCAUGCACCCUGCCAACUGCCGGUCCAUUGCUGGGAGGCUCCACGUUCCACUAGCUGACGUGCGCAUGCACAAGGUCAGGGCGGAGGACAAGGAGGGAAACGUGGACGGCAAACACUGCCACGUCGACUGGCGCGCGUCCCAAGAUCGGGCGUUUGCUACGCCCUGCUCGACCAUCACGGCUGCCGAUGAUCACGCCAAAGUGAAGCCCGACAUCAACACCUCAACCAGCAGGCACCGCGUCUACCAUGUCUGCAGCAACAAGAAGACAUCACCUGACCACGACCUCCACUCCAAGGCCAGAGAUAGCAACAUCAUCAUCGACAGCAUCGUCUUGUUGACGGAGGACACGGCCAUGAACAGGGAGAGGCUCGCGGGCACUCGGCGGGCCCUGGAGCGGCACGGGGGAAAGCAGGCCCUUGUGAGUAGAAACGGGGGCCGGGGUUAUGCAGUCCUCCAAACGGAGAAAUAUAAUCCCUCGACGGCAGCUCAGAAGAUCAACAAUGUCGAGCAGCUGUGGGAAGGGGACCCGGAGUUGUUUGACUCGUGCUCCUGGCAUCACUACACCGACAAAGGGCCUGACCACAACCCGGAGUUCCGAGAGGUCAUCUACACCCAAGCUUUGUUCUUCCGAGAAAAGGGGUUGUGCUACAGCUCGCAGCGGACGCAUGCUGGGGGGCAGAGUGCCUAUAACGUGGGCGCGGAGAGGCUGAAUGCAGUCGAGACGAAAGAGCUGUGUAACGUGCCCAUCGACUCCCAGCCGUUCGGUGACGCGGUUGACCUAGAGAGAGGGGUGGUGGACGAGCGGAAGGUUUGGGCAAACCUGCAGUGGGAGCUAGACGAGGUUGGAUCCAGGCUGUCGGACGGGGAGUUCUGCGGCUUUCCACUAACUGUCAAGCAGGCUCUUCCGGUAGAGUGCGCGGGGGGGUGCGGCCGAGGUGCCGGCGAGUGUGCGUGUGAACUGGGGUACGUUUCGAACAGCGAGAGGGAGGCCUUGAGGGCGUACUCCAAAGCGGGCGUGAGAAAGAGAGCACUUUGGUCCGAUCGUGAUCAGGCAGCCCGUUUUGACGAGUUGUUCGACUUCGUGAACUGCCCAAAGCACACCCUGCUUAGCCGAUACGGAAUGGAGUUCUUGGCGUGCUGGGAUGAGAAGUGCCUUUUCAAGUGCAUGGACGGGUUUGAGAAGGCGCGGCGGAGGCUUGGCAGUCCGGCAGCGUGUUGCGAUCACUCGGGGUGCCGAGAGAGGACCUUCUUGGGGACCGCCCAAUUUACGGAGAGCGGUGGACAUUUCCAGGACUCGGUAGCACGAGCGCAGAACGAGCAACAUCCUCCGUGGGAACUUGAUUGUGUUGACAGGUGCCUGCCGUCUGUCCUGCUCCGUCAAGAGUUGGAGCGCCGGAAUUACCUGUGGAUGGAGGAGGACGUCAAGGCUUUCAUUGUGGGGGGGUUAACGGGUGCUGCUCGGACAAAGACGCCAUCGCUCAAGUCCGCAAGUGGCAGAUUCAGAAGCUACACGCGGACGCGAGAGCACGUCAGCGGGCUGCAGCACCUGUCCGAGGUUCAGCAGAUCCUGCUCAGGGACUCGCAGGGGAUGGAACUUGCGGUAGGGAAUGAUAGAAUGUUUUGGAUAGGGCGAGAUAAAGGGUUUGUAGGGAAUAGCACGCAGAGCCUACGGGUUGUUUGGUUAGGAAUCUCGGCAGAUGAUUCAUCGUUGUAUCGAGUUGAGGGGGAGGACAGGGAGGAUGUGGCCCAAAGGUUCGCUGUUGAUGUUGCUCUAGAGAUAGAUCCGAGUGGGUUUCGGCUGCCUGCAAAGGAACUCGAGCGACUGAUGGGGGCCCUGGAUUCGUUUCAGAGAGAGGUGGUGGAGGUGGUGGAAGGCGUCAGCGCUCAGCGGCAGAAUGUAGCGGGGGUGAAAGAGGAGUGCGAGAUUUGCGAUCUUUUCCAUGGGGAGGGCAAAGAUGUGCAAGUGUUGUGUGAUUCUUGUAAUAAGGGCUUUCAUCUAGAUUGUUUAACGAGUCGAGGAGUUUUAUUUCCAGAGGAGAUUCUAGAAGAUGGAGUAGAUUGGGAGUGUGUUGAUUGCAUGCUGAUCUAUGAAGAAGAGGCACUUAGCCUACAAGAGUUAGAAAGCUUUUCCGAAGUGGAUAGCGACGUUAGGAAGAGUAGAAAGGGUAGAGCAAUUCGUCGUCCGGCUCGCUUUGAGGGCAGCGGAUAA